AUGAUCCGACGUCGAAAGCGGUUAUUCGGUAGAUUCGUGCUGAUCACUUUCCAUCGGAUAAUUGACAUCACUUGUGCAUUAUUCUUUGCUGCAUCUGCGGUUGAGCAUGUUUCAUUGCUGAGUAUACCACAAAUGGUAUGUGCCAUAUUGCUUUGUCUCGAAGAAGAAGAAAUACCCGCUGACACGAAGCACAUUUUGUGUAUUGCAAUGGGACUGUACAUACCGCUGAUCAAUGUUACACGCCUAUCGUCCGUUGUCUAUAACGGUGUGGUAACCGAUUUGGGGACAGACGAUACGCAAUCGAGUGCUAAGAAAUGGCUUUACUGGACUGAAACGUUCCUUCCACCAGAAUAUGCACCAUAUUUGGCUUUAUUCAACAGUGGACACCUACUUAAAAAUCCAUUCGACCUACCAAUAUUCUUCUAUUUUUUAAAUGUGGUACUAUCAAUGAUUCAAUACAAACUUUCGCUGAUUUUGCAGUCACAGAACGACAAAAGUUACGGAGGAGGAUCAAAUGACGGUGUGUUCGAGCGCGGAAUCGACAAUGAGCCGUUCAAAACAAAUCCAAUUGUGAAUUUCUAUUCGCAAGAUGCAAGACUGUUUCUCGAUGAAGUUAAGCAAUGCGUCUUCUCAUACUAUCAUUGGCUUGUGCUGUUGCUACUGUUUUCGAACGGUAUUCGCAUGUCGUCACCAGUAUUCCUCUCGAUUGGUCACAUAAUUUUUGCGUUUCUCAAUUUCUGGCGUGGCACCGAUUUGUAUCUAUCGUCGCUAUAUGUAUUUCGUCGAAAAUGGCGUGUUAUCACACUUUAUCUUCUCGGUACUCUCUUGCUGCAAAUUUCGGCAAAUAUAGCGCGAGCGAUAUUGGAUGAAAUGGUCAUAUCGAAAAGCAACAAUCAACGAAUUAUUGCGAUAUGUCGUUUGCUCAAUGUUUAUUUCAAAAAACCUGGUGAAGGCGUUGUGGAUCCUAUUGGUCCAUAUGAAACCAUCGACGUAAGACCGUAUUCGUUCGAUGUUAUCAUAUUCGCGGCUCUUCUGCUCCAUUUGAGAAUGAUUGUCACAUGGUAG